UCUCUCUCUCACACACACACACACACACACACAAAUUCAAUCGGACUAGUAAAACUCUCUGCAACAAUUUCUCAUUUUCCAGUUCUUUGCAGGUUCUUCGGAUCGGAAGUGGCCGCAGAUUUCGAUUAAUUUCUUCAUCGAGGGACUGUAGUUAAAAUGACUGGUGCUAGGGUUGCUCAUGUCACUUUGAAAGGACCGAGUGUGGUGAAGGAGCUACUAAUCGGAAUUGCACUCGGAGUUGCUGCAGGUAGUGUAUGGAAGAUGCACCACUGGAACGAGCAGCGAAAGGUUAGGUCGUUCUACGACAUGCUCGACAAAGGUGAAAUUACAGUGGUUGCUGCAGAAGAGUAAAAUGUUCCGUUUCUUGAUUAUUGUUAUUAUUGAAGUCCUUCAUUGACGUGUGUGGUGGUGGUUUUGCAUCCAUCCCCCAUUGAUUGGCUCGUGAAUUGGACAUGAGUUUUUUUUUUUUUUUUUCAAACUUGAAAUUUUAAUGGAAUAAGAGUUGUAUGGAUUUUACCAAACCAACAAUCGCCAUGUUUGCAAAUGUUAAAGCUCUCGGGUUUCUGGUUUUUUGACCUUUUUUGCUG